GUUACCCAGCCUAUGGUCAACGAGCAUGUUUUUGGGCACCCUCAUUCUCUUCACCUGGAUGAUCGCUUUUUGACCACCUUGACCCAACCGUGUCCUUCAAUAUUCACAUCAAUCCUGUGUCUUAUUCCUUCUUUCCACCACAUGAACUAUAACCAGCCAGAAUUUUUUUACGCUCCAGAAAACUCCAAUGUCUUCCUUGUGACAUUGCUCACUUACGCCUCCUUCGAGGCCUUACGUGAAGCGAUCAACGUACAUAUGGUGCUCGCUCGUUGGGUGGGUAUGGCCGGCUCAAGCUGGUUUUCCUCCUUAGUUACCAUGUUGAUCCUUUGGUGUGUCAUCUUCCCGAGGAUCCCACCCAAAACUACGAUGGCUUGAGAACACAGACAAGACCUAAGAGCGUCCUCCAGUCUAUGCAUGCCUAUAUCAUCUGCUUAUGUUGACCUAAUCGCUUCGGAGUUCGUACGGUCUCAGGCUAAUAAGUGCAUAGGUGCUGAGGAGGGGCAUGUCUGGGGUAGUAGGUCAAUUGAGCGGGUAUGGCCUUUUUUCCAUCCGGC